AUGCGGACCAAGCUCUUGCAAAAGUUGUAUAAGGAUCAAAUGGCCCCCAUCAAUGUGCCAAACACCCGAAUACUCUCGAAGAACCUCCCACAGAACACUCAGAGGGACACAGUUGAAUACCUUUUCCAAGUCCACAAAACAUGUGUAGACUGGCUGGGCAAACUCCCAUGCACCCUCAAGUAUCCUCAAGAGCAUGAAGAGCAGGGCCAGUGUUCCACAAUCAGGACGAAAACCACAUUGUUCCUCCGGUCAGGUUUUGUCCAGGGAGUGACGUUUGUCAAAGAGCGAUUUGCCAAAAAACAGGGUCAGCCUCCUCCAGAGGGAGGGGAGGGCGAGAGGGGGGGCGAGAAGGCCGAGGACAGGAAGCAGAAGGAGAACACGACCUACACCAAGAAGAUGGUGCUACGGUUGGCGGGAUUCAUGGGAGUCGGCGGCGCGGUCGCCAUCGUUUAUAUAUUCGGUGAGUCUUUGCUGCCUCUCCUGAAACGGCGUCCUCACUUCAUGUGUUUAAACAGCUGCUCUUUCUCUCUGCAGUUGGCAACAGGUUGGCGCUUUAAGAAACGUCCAGGCAUCGAUUACCUGUUCCAGCAGGUGGCGCCGCUCUACGAGAUCGUCGUCUUCACCGCAGAGACCGGCAUGACGGCGUAUCCUCUGAUCGACAGCAUCGACCCUCAGGGUUUCGUCAUGUACCGUCUCUUCAGAGACGCAACACGUUACGUGGAGGGUCAUCAUAUCAAGGAUGUGUCGUGUCUGAACCGCGACAGCAGUAAGGUCAUCGUGGUCGACUGUAAGCGGGAGGCGUUCAGCCUGCAGCCUUUCAACGGCCUGGCUCUGAAGAAAUGGGACGGAAACUCUGAGGACCGAACGCUCUACGACCUCGCCAACUUCCUCAAGACCAUCGCUAUGAGCGGCGUGGACGACGUGCGUUCGGUGUUGGAGAACUACGCGCUGGAGGAAGACCCCAUCGAGGCCUUCAAGCGGCGUCAGGCUCAGCUGGCGCAGGAGGAGGAGCAGCGUCUGUCCGAGCUCUCCCAGCAGAAGAAGCAGGGACUCUCCAUCGGCUCCAUCGCCUCGCGGUUUUGGCGCUCCAAGCAGCAAUGAGCCCCACAACAGUAACAAUCUGUUCUUCUGAAAUGUUCUCAGUAAAAAUGAAGCUU